CAGUGACACACAGUCACCUGACGUUGAAGUUGUCUACUCAGAUUUCGUGCACAGCAAAGGAUAUUUUCAAAGCUCGAAUAAUCGGCUCAAAGAUGACGCCCAGCGGGACCAUUAGGGGCGCUGCUCUGCUGGCGCUGCUGUGCCUGGUUCUGCAGUAUGGCACAGUCUCAGCCUUCUGGAGCGUUGAUGGCGUGUUCGGCUAUCAAAAUCUGCAUAAUUCGGCACUGGUCCGAGAGAAGCGAGCUGCUAGUUCGAAUUCAUACAACGCUAUUCUACGCGUGAACUUCACAUCGGUGAUAAAGAACGAGACCGUUAGGAAUCAAACUGUCGACUCCAUUGUUCAAGAACUGCAGCAAAGUUUUGAGCUGAGAUGGCCGGGAAGCGUUAAAGUGGAAGUAGAGAAAAUAUUUCCCAGAAGGGCUAGAUUGGUGACCACCCUAAGCUACGACGACUCAGAGAGAUGCGCUGAGUUCGAAAACUUCAUCACUACGUUAUCUGUUCUCAAGGGAUACCCAGCUGACUUGGUGACGCCAGGUGUUUGUACGAAUAGCAAGAAGACCACGAAAGGCACAGUUUGUCCUGGCGAAACCGCAAUAAUUUGCAACGAUGGAACAUGCCUUAUUGAAGAACAACUUUGUGACGGCAAGAAUGACUGCGCGGACGGCAGUGACGAAGAUUGUUAUUGUUACGGGAAUCACAAAUGCAGCAGCGACAACAAGUGUAUCAGUAUUAAUCUCGUCUGUGACACCGUCCUGGACUGUGAUGACGGAUCUGACGAACUAAAUUGCCCAUGUGGGGCGGGGCAACGAUCAUGUGAGGUUGGCUUUUAUACAAGGACGUGCCGGAACGCCUCAUUAUUUUGUGACGGAAAACAAGAUUGCCCUGGCAAAGAAGAUGAAAACCCCGCAAUCUGCGGUUGCAAUACAACAGACAAAUACAGAUGUCCUCUUAGUCGCGAGUGUCUUGAUCUCACGCAAGUCUGUAACAACAAAACAGAAUGUUUGGACGGCUCCGAUGAAGCUAACUGUACAACCUGCAAGCCGGACGAGUUCGCGUGCGGCUCCCUUUGCCUCCCCAUGUCAGUUAGAUGCAACAAAACAGCAGAGUGCCUCGGCGCGGAAGACGAACUAAAUUGCACAGUCACAGGUUGCGGGCCUGGGGAGAUUCAAUGUCGUGAUGGACUCUGUAUCCCCUGGACGCUCUGGUGCAACGGCGCACCGAAUUGUCAUGAUGGCAGCGACGAGGCCAACUGCCCUGGUC